UUAAUAUUUACCAAUCAUCCAGUUACUUUAUCAUAUCACCAAUAUUUAUCAUGAAUUCUGAUAAUGACUUUUUUGGUAUUUGGUGCAGUAAGUCGUGUUCACAGAUAUAUCUGUGGUCGUGUUACAGAAUAAUAUUCUGUGGUUGUGUACUUAUGUUAUCUACACGCAGUAAAAAUAUUUAUCAGAAAUUUAAUCUAAGCCGCACGUUAUAAUUAUUAUUUAUUAUCAUUUUUUCAAGAAUUUGAUUUUUGACUACACAUGUUUAAUUAUUAAUUAGUAUAUUCGCAUUGUCAAUUGUCAUUUGCCAAUAAUCAUCGAUUAAUUACUUCAUAGUUCUUACUAAUAAAUUACUAUUUAAAAGUACUAUACUUUUAUUGUUAAAGUUCAAAAAUUAUUGUAACAUCUUCGAAAAUCAUGUCUGUUAUGUUGGGUACUAUUGAUGAACAUUCUAUCACUGAGUCUUUUAGUCUUACUAGUCGUUUUUUCCCAUCCAAAGUGGGCGGAAAACCAGCCUGGUUAGAUUUAAAACAUAUUCCAGAAGCAAGUGAGCUGGCCUGUUUGAAGUGUAAUAUUCCUCUAGUUUUUUUGUGUCAGUUAUAUGCACCAAUUGAUGAACCUAAAUUCCGUGGUUCUUGUUUCCAUCGAACUUUGUACGUGUUUUAUUGCAAUGAAUGUAAAGAUGGAAGAACAUUUUCCGUCUUCAGGUCACAGCUUCGUAAAACAAAUGAAUACUAUUCAGAUGAACCAGCUGAACCUGAUGAUUCAGAUAUUACACCUGCAAUGUGGGGAAUACAAUUAUGUAAAGUAUGUGGAUGCAAGUCAAGUAUGGAAUUUGAAAAUGUCUAUUGCAGUUUACACCAUAAAAAUAUUGAUUUAAACAGAGAAUUGAAAGACAAAUUCAUUGUAGUUUUACCAGAAUAUAUUAUUAAUGAAGAGUCUGAUGAAAGUUCAGAAAAUGCAUCAUUGAAUAGUGAGGAUGAUGAAAGUGACUGUAGUGAAAAUAGUGAUGAAGCCGCUCAUAUUCCAAAAGGAUCUCUUCAAGAUAUGGAUGGUUUAGAUGAAGCUUUGUUAGAAAUGGCUUAUGGUGGUGACAAAGAUGAUGAGUAUUUUGAAAAGUUUAAAAAAUCAAUAUCCUCAGUUCCUGAACAAAUUAUUAGGUACAAUCGCUUAGAGUCACCAUUGUGGAUCUGCACUAAACGCAUUCCUGAGAUUAAUGAUAUUCCAUCUUGCCAAUAUUGUGGUAAACAAAGAAGUUUUGAGUUUCAAAUAAUGCCACAAAUUUUGUACUAUUUAAAAUUACCAGAAUCUUCAACCAAGGAAUCAUUCAACUUCGGUAUUUUAGCCGUCUAUACUUGUCCUGAAAGUUGUGAUGCUGGUGAAAAAUACAAAAAAGAAUUUUUGUGGGAACAGAGUCCAUUAUGAUAAAAUAAAUGAUUAUUUUAUAAGAAUA